GAGAAUUGGUAUAACUGCCAUGUGUGGAAUGUAAUAUUCGAUCAAGCUUUCGGAGACAUAAAGGCGGUGGCUAUUGUCAGGGGCGAAAGUACGAGUAUAUCAACGGCCACACGAAAAAACAAAAAAACAAAAAGGAAAUUAGGGGAACGUCGUAAAAUCGGUCGCAGAGGGGAUUGGAUUAUCAGGGCUGUUGGUAACGGCAACAAAGAUGAAUUUGGGGCCGGGGAGGCGGGUAAAGAUUGGAUAGACAAAUAUGGAACAAAGUAUCUUAAAGAAAUCGGACUAAAGCUCCCUAAGACGCUCAAAGAUAUGUUUGUAAAUUUAAUGGAAAGAAUAAAUUGGAACGAAGAGAUGCGCAGAAAAAUACAAACAUUAGGUAUUAUUCAUAGAGGUAUGUGCCAGAAACUUGAUUCUUACGAGAUUUAUUUAUCAAAUGCUCGUCGUUAA